CAAGGAUUGUGCCAAACCCUUCGGCAGUGAUGGAUUCCUCUGAUAUUCCAAGGAAAAAAAUAGCUGUCAUUGGUGGUGGCUUGGUCGGAUCAUUAAAUGCAUGUUUCCUUGCAAAGAGGAAUUUCCAAGUUGAUGUGUAUGAAGCUAGGCAAGAUGUCCGAACGGCUACAUUUGCACGUGGAAGAAGCAUUAACUUGGCCCUUUCUUAUAGAGGACGACAAGCCCUGAAAGCCAUUGGCCUGGAAGAUCAGAUUGUAUCCCAAGGGAUUCCCAUGAGAGCAAGAAUGAUUCAUUCUCUUUUAGGAAGAAAGUCUACAAUUCCCUAUGGGACAAAGUCGCAGUAUAUUCUUUCUAUCAGCAGAGAAAAUCUAAACAAGCAUCUAUUAACUGCUGUUGAGAAGUACCCCAACGUGAAGGUGUACUUUGGCCACAGGCUGCUGAAAUGCUCUCCUGAGGACGGACUGAUCACAGUGCUUGGAUCUGACAAAGUUCCCAAAGAUAUCACUUGUGACCUCAUUGUAGGAUGCGACGGAGCCCAUUCAACUGUCAGAACUCACCUCAUGAAGAAACCCCGCUUUGAUUACAGUCAGCAAUACAUUCCUCACGGCUACAUGGAAUUGACUAUCCCACCCAAGAAUGGGGAGUAUGCCAUGGAACCUAAUUAUCUGCACAUUUGGCCUAGAAAUGACUUUAUGAUGAUCGCACUUCCUAACAUGAACAAAUCUUUCACGUGCACUUUGUUCAUGCCCUUCGAAGAGUUCGAAAAACUUCUGACGAGAAGCAAUGUGCUGGAUUUCUUCCACAAAUACUUUCCAGAUUCCGUUCCUCUAAUCGGAGAGCAAGCCCUGGCACAAGAUUUCUUCCUAUUGCCUCCGCAGCCCAUGAUAUCUGUAAAGUGCUCUUCUUUUCACUUUAAAUCACACUGUGUGCUGAUGGGAGACGCAGCUCAUGCUAUAGUGCCCUUUUUUGGGCAAGGAAUGAACGCGGGCUUUGAAGACUGCUUGGUAUUUGAUGAGUUAAUGGAUAAAUUCAAUAAUGACCUUAGUAUAUGUCUUCCUGAAUUCUCAAGAGUUAGAAUUCCCGAUGACCAUGCGAUUUCAGAACUAUCCAUGUACAACUAUAUAGAGAUGCGAGCACACGUCAACUCACCAUUGUUCCUCUUCCAAAAGAACAUAGAGAGAUUGCUUCACGCUAUUAUGCCAUCUACCUUCAUCCCUCUCUAUACCAUGGUCUCGUUUUCCAGAAUAAGAUACCAUGAGGCACUGCUGCAAUGGUAUUGGCAAAAAAAGGUGGUAAAAAAAGGAUUAUUUUUCUUUGGAACACUGAUAGCCAUCGGUAGUACCUACCUACUUAUACGCUCCAUGCCACCGAGACCCCUGGACUACUUGAGAAGACCAUGGGACUGGGUCGCUAACUUCCAGAACACAGGACGUGCUUCCCUGCAAACCCUUUGGAGUCACUAGAACAAACCCUCAAAGUCAUUAGCUGGGGAUAAAAAGGUCCUUAAAGUAGAAAAUAUACUUGAUUUUUCUGCAACCAAAACUAAGGAUGACAAUAAUGUUUCACAUCAUAAUAUUUAUUUCACUAAUGGAAGACAUUUGUCAGCUUAUACUUAAAUUGAACGUAGAAUUAUUCUGUGUGUUCACUGUAAUUA